UUUGAUUUGUUAAAUAAAUAGUACUCAAAAAAUAUGAAAGUGUUGUACCAAGCUGUUAUACUUCUUGGUUUGUUUAAGCUACUGACUUCAAUAGAAUUAACGACAAUAAAUAACACAAUGUGUGUAGACUGUUCGAAGGACAACCAAGUUAAAUGUAUAAUUGAAGAAACAGGAUUUGAAUGUUUUAACGAGCACGCGAAGAAGAAAAUGAAGCAUUUCCAUGAAAAGCCAACGCCUCCACGUACCGUAGAUUUGGAUAUAUGCAUUCCAAAGGGUUUGAAAAUUCGUUGCAUUGAUGAGAGCACCUUUCUGAAAGUCAUCGUAUGGUCCCCUGAACUUGGAUGCCAAAUAGUACACAGAAAUUACCGAAAUAGGGAUACGUGUUUCACUGCCACUCUAUUUUGUCCUUGUGUUAAGGACGAAAGGGGAUCCGGAAAAGUACAGUCCACCAAUAGUUGGCUGCUUGUUAUAACCUUGUACUUAGUGCAACUUGAGAUAACUAAAAUAAAUUAAUCGACAAUACA